AUUACAGGAAACAGACAAAAAAAUGCAUACUAUGUAUGCAAAUUUUAUGUCGUAUAUGGAGAAACAUCGUCUAUAUGAAUUAUUUUAUGUAAAUAAUUUGUAUUUCAUAAAUAUUAUUCUUAAUUUACUUUCAUUUUAUUUCACAUAAAAAAAAGAAAUAUACACAGGAAAUGGCAACUCAAUUAUUGAUUCAAAAACCUGAAGACCAUCUUGUAUUUAUGAAACAAUAUCUUCAUCUUGCUGCAAAAAAACUCAAUGUAUCCAAUAUUAUUUUAAUUGCACCUGAAAAUUUUGGUAGGUUAAAUUGAAUUUCUAUAUAUAAGUUAUUUAAGAUCAAAUUAUAUUUUUUGAGAGUAAAAAAAAAAUAUUUUAUGUAUACAGAUAGAAAGGCAUUAGCCAAAAUUCUUCAGAAAGAAUUAGGUGUAUUUCCUUUGAGCUUGAAAGAUCUUCGUAAAGUUUAUACUCAGCAGGAUGAUACUUGUUAUUGCGAGGAAUCAGAAGAUCUUGCACAUGCAAUGAGAAAAGUAUUAGAAAGCGGAGCUUUUCAUGAAAGUGGAUGGUUGCUAUUUGAUUUGCCGAGAACGAAAAAAGAAGCACGAAUAUUUCAGCGUAUGGGUAUAAUACCGACACAUGUAAUACAACUCAAAGUUUCAAAUGAAUAUGUAAUUUAUUUUCAGGAAAUCGAAGUAGGUAUCAGAUCCAUUGAAGAACUUGGAAAAGAUUGUGCAAAACUAGCAAAGAUAAAGAAACAUUGUGGAACACCAUCACUUUUUCGUAUUGCAUUAAUUGGCUCUAGGGGAUCUGGUUGUAUUACUGUAGCAAAAUACCUAGCUGAACGAUUCAAUCUUGUUUAUAUUGAUUAUGAUUAUAUUGCAGAACAGGCGCGUUUACAACAAAAUUCUUUAGGAAAAAUGCUUCGAUUAUUUGAAGAAGAAUGGGGUGAAAGACCCAAACCUGAAAUUAGAAUUCAAAUUGUUGAAAAAUAUAUAUCUGAGUAUGAGUGUUUGAAAAGGGGUUGGGUUUUAACGGGUUAUCCAAAGACUGUAGAAGAUUUUAAAUUAUUUGAUUUGAGUCCUACCCCUCCAAAUAGAGUAAUAUUUAUGGAAGUAAAUAGCGACAUCUGCAGAGAAAGACUACUCAAUCGUCGAUACAAUAUUGUCACAGGAAGUAAACAUAAUUUAUCUUCAACAAUCACCGGUAACGAUGACGUUAAAUUAGGUGUUCAUCCUAAAGAUUUCAGACUAAAUGUUGAACGAGAUAUACAAGAAUAUGAAGAAAAUGUGAUUGACAUGAUGGAAUAUGCAGGCGAAUCUGCAAUAAAAAUUGAUGGAAACGAUGAAGAAAGAAUUGUUCGAGAAAAAGUAGAAGCAAGUAUAAUGCAUCCAAUUCUAUCCUGGCAAUCAAGAAUACCAAGACCUCCACCUAAGAUUGAUCCAAUGAGCAUUGAAUUUGAUCCUGAUGACGAACCUGAUUCCAGCGUGUUUGAUAAAAUACGUGCCCCUGAACCGAAGUAUACUUUUAUUUAACUUACAAUUAAUCAGCUAUCGAAAAUAUUUCAUUUUCAGCAAGAAUAGGAAUUGGGAUGCUCCUAGUAUAUUCUGUUAUCCUAACGCGCAGAGCAUCUUAUUUUCACAAUAUUAUAGCAUUUAUAUGAUAUCAUAUACAGAUUUUCUAACACAUUUAACAUUUAAAUCUUUUUUUAUAAUUUAACUUUCAUAGUAUUUAAUA